AUAGUGAUAAUAGCGAGUGUGAAAAACAAGGCGGAAGUCGACACAGUCGACAGUGUUAUCAAUCUUUUUAAGUGUUAAGCCGAGGCACGAGUGUAAAAGAUGUUUCUAGGCGUUGAAUUCAGAGAACCUGAUGGUGGAGGGCUAUCUUUAGUCCACGAGAAGUGGUUGACCCCAAGAAAAUCGAGCGUGUGGUGGCCGCCUUAUAAAAAUCAAGAUAAAUUUGAAAAGAGCUUAAGGCGUGGAGAGUCUCCAAAUGAAAACUGGACGCUGUAUUCCAUUUCUAAGACUUAUUUUCAUGAAAACAACUGUGACAAAGCAAAGAAAAAAUUAAAAAAGGCUGAAAUAACCUCUGAAAUAACAUCAAACGAGGACUCUGAUGCUGAUCAUUUACCAGUAAAAAGAAUUCGACUCCCUAAUAAAAGACUAUUUUCAAUAAGUUCCGAUGAUGAUGAUGACGAGCCUAGUCAUUCAGUUCCAUCUAAAAUUUUGGGCCUACCAAAAUAUUUAAGUACACCUAAAAUUUUACCUAGUAUAAAUACUUCAUUAAAGAAGAACCAUAGUAAGUCAAACAUAUCUAGCCAGCCAAAGCAAGUUGAUACAAGUGAUGAAGAGAUACGUUUAGAACAUAGACAGGGAGAUAGACAGCAUGUAGUACAUUCAUCUCAAACAGCUGCACAUUCUUCAUGGAAUAAUAUUGAGAAAUCUAACCAGAGUAAAAGAUCAGAUUUUCUGGGGUCAAAUGAAAAUUCAGAUUUCAAAACAUUCCUACAUCACAUUAUAUAUGUGAGAAAGCAAAAUGAGCAAAUCCUACAAAUUCUAAAAAAUCAGAAUGUGUCUCAAAGUAACAUACUACCUAAAAUACCAGUGGAACUACCUCUAACAGAGAUCCGUGGAAUUAUAGCAUUAGAAGAAUUUCUUUCGGAAAAUGAAAAUUUAAGAUCCAUGACCAACUAUUACUCUACUUACGGAGGAAGAGAUGUUGUAACAAAAACAAACAAUUUGUUAAAAUUAUUUUUAUGCAAUAGCCUUGCAGUGAAUUACAGUUUUAAAGGUAGCCGCUAUCAAAAGAGAGCUUUUGAAAAUUUACUUCUGAGGAAAUUGAUUAUUGGUGCAGUUUUAAAGAGUAGUCCUACAGCGACAGAAGUUGAUAUAGAUGCCGCAAUAAAAGUAUGGUUGAAGCAUGCACAGAAACGCCUGACUGCUGCUGAAAAAAGACAGGCGGCAAGACAGAACUACACAGUUUAAAUGUACGUGUAAACCUUUUGUAGCUUUUAAGAUAGUUUUAAGUUUGUAUUCAAUAUUUAUUUUGUAAGAAAGUUGCUCCAUACUAUCACCAUUGUUUAAUAUGCCUCGAAAUAAGUUCAAAUUCAAAACUUUUGUUUCGCAACGUCAUUUGUAUAGAAAGGUAGCUUCUGAGUGUAUGCAGAUUUGCACUAAUAUGAGACUGGAUCCAAAUAUUAACUUGGAAAGUGAUGCACCAUUUUCACAAAAAUUGGAUAAAGCUUUAAAUACUAAUGAGGAAUUUGAAGAUGAUGAUACCAAUAUUUCAGAUAAUACUGAAGACUUGAACGCUGAGAGUGACUCUGAGACAAUAGACCAUUUAAGUGAACCUGACAAUAUUGGACGAGAUUGUGAUUUUACAGACAAUACUGUAAGCAAACUGAACAUUGAGGUUAAUAAUGAAAAUCUUGCUGCACAGUUAAGAUAUUGGGCAACAUCUUGCCAUGUUCCACAUUCUACAUUAACAAAACUGUUACAUAUUAUUAAACCAUAUCAUCCAGAACUUCCACUUUAUAGUAGAACACUACUCCAUACACCUUUACAAUUUAAUGAAAAACAGCUUGAUCAAGGUGCAUAUGUUCAUUUAGGUUUGCAACGAGGUUUGAAGCACUUUUUGAAAGUUCAUGAAAAUAAGUUAAAUUUUCACCAAAACAAGAAGAGAAAAUUAGUUGUAAGUUUUAAUAUAGAUGGCUUACCCCUAUAUCAUAGUACAAAUAGCAGUUUUUGGCCAAUUUUGGGAUUGGUUAAAAAUAUUGUGGAUGUUAAGUAUGUUUUUGCCAUAGGUAUAUUUUAUGGUACUUCAAAGCCCACCCCAAUCAGUUCAUUUCUAGCUGAUUUCAUUGAAGAAUGCAAUAAUUUAAUAGAUGAUGGUUUUUUUGUUAAUGGUAAAAAGUAUUUUUUGCAUAUUCAUAGUUUUAUUGCAGAUUCGCCUGCGAAGGCUUUUUUAAAGAGUAUAAAAGGUCAUAAUGGGUACUCAUGUUGUGAUAAAUGUCAUGAGUAUGGAAUAUAUAAAAAUGGUAGAAUGAUUUUAAAUCAAUUAACUGCUUUAAAGAGAACAAACAUUUCAUUUAGACAACAAAGUGAUGAAGAACACCACGUUGGAAUUAGUCCAUUAGUAGAAUUAAAUAUACAUAUGAUUAAAGACUUUCCAAUAGACUAUAUGCAUAACAUUUGCCUGGGUGUGAUGAAAAAGUUAUUAAAAUACUGGGUAGGUGGCAACUUAAAUGUAAGGCUUCCCAGUGCAGCAACAAAUGCAAUUUCAAAUAAAUUAAAGAUUUUUAAAAAUUUUGCUCCUUCAGAGAUAAAUCGUAAACCCAGACCUUUGAGUGAACUUUCACAUUUUAAAGCCACUGAAUUUAGAACAUUUUUAUUAUAUACGGGAAUAGUAGCCCUAAAAGAUAAUAUUGAUCUAGGCCUUUAUAACAAUUUUUUACUAUUUCAUAUGGCAAUAAUAUUACUCAUUACUAAUGAUAAUUCCUCCUCGACUAACAGUGAUGUGGCAGCGAAACUUCUAAUUAAAUUCAUAAAACAUGGUGAGCAGUUAUAUGGAAAACAUUUUGUUAUCUACAAUGUACAUAUACUUAGUCAUCUCCCUAAAGAUAGUCUUAGAUAUGGAGGACUUGAUGAAUUUUCAGCGUUUCCUUUUGAGAACUAUUUGGGACAACUAAAAACAAUGCUUAAAUCUUCUACAAAACCACUACAGCAGAUUUGUCGUAGAUUAUAUGAACAGGAAAGUGGACUUUUAAAUAUUAGUUCAAGUUCAGGAAAAAAUAAUAAGUAUGUCUUGUGUGAUGGUACAGUCCCUGAGACUCAUCCUUACAAGGAAUGUAAAAAAAUUUAUUUGGAUGGUUAUGUACUUAGUAGUUACUCAUAUUCAAAUUCUGAUUGUUUCUGCUUUGCCCAAAAUAAAAUAAUUAAGAUAAAGUGCCUUCUGUUAGAGACUUGUUCUGAAGAAAUAACGAUUUAUGGACAAUAUUUUCAAGACAUUUCAUCUUUUUAUGAAUAUCCUUUUCACUCUAGCCAUUUAAACAUUUUUCUUAUUUCAUGCCUUUCUUUAGAGGAGAUGCAAUUUUCCGUAUCUAGCAUACAGGGAAAAUUUUUCAUCUUGCCAUAUAAAGAUAAGUUUGUUGCAAUUCCCCUUUUGCACUCUCUUACAAAAUAA